AGAUAUUUUUCCACUAGUGUAAAUAAACAAACAUUUUGUAUUUGUUGAGUUUUUUUUAUAUAAAUAUUUAUAUAAUUAAUUGUAAAGGAUUUGACACAAAAUGUCACGCAAAGCGCUAAAUGUCCGUGUUACCACUAUGGAUGCCGAACUGGAGUUUGCUAUCCAGCAAACUACCACCGGCAAACAGCUUUUCGAUCAGGUUGUCAAGACAAUCGGUCUACGUGAAGUCUGGUUCUUUGGUUUACAAUAUACCGAUUCUAAAGGUGAUUCCACAUGGAUUAAAUUAUACAAAAAGGUUAUGAACCAAGAUGUUAAAAAGGAAAAUCCCUUACAAUUCAGAUUCCGUGCUAAAUUCUAUCCUGAAGAUGUGGCCGAAGAAUUGAUUCAGGAUAUCACACUACGUCUCUUCUACUUACAAGUUAAGAAUGCCAUACUAUCAGAUGAAAUCUAUUGUCCUCCUGAAACCUCAGUCCUACUGGCCUCGUAUGCCGUGCAGGCUCGUCACGGCGAUCACAAUAAAUCCCUACACACAGCCGGUUUCUUGGCCAAUGAUCGCCUAUUGCCUCAACGUGUCAUCGAUCAGCACAAAAUGUCCAAGGAGGAAUGGGAACAAUCGAUAAUGACCUGGUGGCAGGAACACCGUGGUAUGUUGCGCGAGGAUGCCAUGAUGGAAUAUUUGAAAAUUGCUCAGGAUCUGGAAAUGUAUGGUGUCAAUUACUUUGAAAUCAAAAACAAAAAGGGCACCGAUUUGUGGUUGGGUGUCGAUGCUCUCGGCUUGAAUAUCUACGAGCAAGAGGAUAAGCUGACACCGAAAAUCGGUUUCCCCUGGUCUGAAAUUCGUAAUAUUUCGUUUUCGGACAAGAAGUUCAUCAUUAAGCCCAUCGAUAAGAAAGCACCCGACUUUGUGUUCUUUGCACCACGUGUGAGGAUCAACAAACGUAUCUUGGCCUUGUGCAUGGGUAACCAUGAGUUGUAUAUGCGCCGCCGUAAGCCCGACACCAUUGAUGUGCAACAAAUGAAGGCCCAGGCUCGUGAGGAAAAGAAUGCCAAGCAACAAGAGCGUGAAAAACUCCAAUUGGCUUUAGCUGCCCGUGAACGUGCCGAAAAGAAACAACAGGAGUACGAAGAUCGCCUCAAGCAAAUGCAAGAGGAAAUGGAACGUUCUCAAAAGGACUUAAUGGAAGCCCAAGAGAUGAUCCGUCGUCUCGAAGAGCAAUUGAAACAAUUGCAAGCCGCCAAGGAUGAAUUGGAAUUGCGCCAAAAGGAAUUGCAAGCCAUGUUGAAUCGUCUCGAAGAGGCCAAACACAUGGAAGCCGCCGAAAAGGCUAAACUCGAAGAGGAAAUUAUGGCCAAACAAAUGGAAGUGCAACGCAUCCAAGAUGAGGUCAAUGCCAAGGAUGAAGAAACCAAACGUCUGCAAGAUGAAGUUGAAGAAGCCAGACGUAAACAGGCUGAAGCUGCUGCCGCUUUAUUGGCUGCCUCCACUACACCCCAACAUCAUCAUGUGGCCGAAGAUGAAAACGAAAAUGAGGAAGAGCUUACAAAUGGUGAUGCUGGCGGUGAUGUAUCACGUGAUUUAGAUACUGAUGAACAUAUCAAAGACCCCAUCGAGGAUAGACGUACAUUGGCCGAGCGCAACGAACGUUUACACGAUCAAUUGAAGGCCUUAAAACAAGAUUUGGCUCAAUCCCGGGAUGAAACAAAAGAAACCCAAAAUGAUAAGAUUCAUCGUGAAAAUGUGCGCCAAGGACGUGAUAAAUACAAGACAUUACGUGAAAUUCGUAAAGGCAAUACAAAACGUCGUGUUGAUCAAUUCGAAAACAUGUAAAUUGUUCAUCCUGCUUCGCGUAUUAACAACAAUUUAAGCUUGUUCAUUAACAACAAAAAAAAACACCUAAUUUGAAAAUUAACAUAAUAGGUCAGCCAAUUUAAAUUAAAAAAUCAAAACAAACAAGUCUUAAACAACAUGAAAAUUAUAAAAAAAAGAAAACAAAAACAAAUCCCCAACACUACCAUGUUUAUUAUUAUUAUUUUUUAAAUAAUUUUUUUUUUCAGUUUUAAAUAAUAAAAUAUUAAAAAAAAAACAAAAUGAAAUAUGAAUUAUUAUAAAAUUCAUCAUUUCUUUAUUCGUAAACUUAUGAAAACUAUUAUAAAAAUAUAACAAAAACAACAACAACAACAUCAAUUAAGACCAUUUAUUAUUUUUAAAUUAAAAUAUUUAAAAAAGAGCAUAAUUAGUAAAACAACAGGAAAAGCUUAAAAUUAAACUGAAAAUUUAAGUCUUCAAAACAUAAAAUGUCGCAAAAGAAACGCUUAAAUUUAUAUAAAAAUUAUAAUAUAAUUUAAACAUUAUUUUGUUUUAUAUAUUUUUGCAUUUCAUUUUUAUAAAACUUUCUAUUAUUUUUAAAUUUUUUUCCAUCAUCAAAAAAAAAUCAACUAAAAGUAAUUUUAAGAAAGUUUUUAAACAUCCCUAAAAAAAAGAAAACAAAACAAACAACUUAAUUUAAUAAAAUAUUAUUUUUUUUGUUUAAAAUUUAUUUUUUCUCUUUCCUCCCUGUACUAACAUAACAACUGUUUCAUCCUGCCUUGAUUAAUUAACAAGAAAAUUCCUAUAAAAAAAAAAUAAUUUACAUGAACUGCAACUUUCUUCAUGUAAAAUUUCAUUUUCUCUGGACCAUUGAAUUAUAAAAUCCGUCUGUAACUCUUCUCUGUAUUGAAACAAACAAAGAAAAAUAACAAACAACAUUUAACUACUACUAUUUUUAUUAUUAUUAUAUUAUUAUUAUUAAUAAAUUCAUCUUAAUUAUGUUUAUUAAUUAUAAUUAUUAAAUAUAAAUAGAUUUUUUUGUGAGAAGUUAAAUUUAAAAAACGAAGAAAAUAUUAAUUAUUUAUACUUUAAGGUAUAGUUGAUGCUUCUUUUUAAUAAUUAUAUUAUUUUUUUUUUUCUUUAUAUUAAAUUAAACAACAAAAACCCUUUAAAUAAAGUUUAUUAAAACAAAAUAAUAAUAAAAAAAACCAUUACUUUUUAUAAAUUUGACUCCUUGCUUCAUGUAUUUUUUUUUUUUUUAAUUUAUGAAAAUCCUUCAAAAUUAUCUUUUUUAUAUAUUUGUAAAGCAUUUUUUACAUUUUCCCUUAUUAAGUAAUUAAUCUUUUUUCCAAAAUUUUAUUUUUCUUAAAAUAAAACCAAGUAUUUAAUAAUUUUAAAUUUUUUAAAUAUACAUUUCUUGUCGUCUUAUUUUUUUUAUUAAUUAUAGCAACGAGUUUUUAAUUAAAUUAAAUUGAAUAUACAUAGAAAUAUAUAUAAAAAUAAAAAAAAAACAAAAAAAAAUAAUAUAAAAAUAUAUAUAUUUUGUAAAACUACAAAACAAACAAAAAAAAUAA